UCUCGCUUGCCUUCUCGAGCCCGCAAGGCUAUCGCCACCCGUCAAGCCGCGAAGCGCGCCCGCAGGCCAAGUUCGAAGAAGAAAAAGGGAAGGGCUUAUGAGGAGAGCGAUGAGGAGAUGUACGACGAGAGUGAUGAGAUGAGUGAUGAGACGAGAUGAGGAGAGUGAUGAGACAAGUGAUGAUGGGAGUGAUGAGACGAGUGAUGAGGAAAUGCGUGAGGAUACCGAUGAAGAAGUAGAGGAUGAAGAGGCAGAGGCAGUGGUGGUCAGGAAGAAGGCCGCUACAAAAAGGGUGUCUCGGAAGCAGAUGGAUGAGAUGUUCACUGUUAUUGUCCACCAGAAUGAGUUUAUGCAUGAAAUGUGGAAACAACUCUGGGCGACAACCAAUGGUGGUUGACCACCACGCACACCCCAUCUCUCCAGCAGUCUCAGCGUCCAAUCAUGACAACACGGCUGACACUCUCGUAGCUGAGUCAACACGACCAUCCUCUUCAAAGACUGGGAACAAGGUCAUUGGUAGCGAGCAGAAUCCAAUCAACGUGAAGGAUGAGGACGUGAAGGAUGAAGAGGAGCAUGCAGUCAGCAUGCAUAUGGUGGCACGCGAGAAACGUGCUACGCCAGACCCCUCGCGCCAACGUGAACAACCCGUACCCAAGACUAGCCAGCCACACCGGAAACAAUCCCCCGUUGUGGAUGUGAGCAAAAAUCGGUCGAGGAAUCCCAAAUCCAGGAAAGGGAGCGCAGACGUUGCUAUUGGUUCUAAGCUUAACAAGCACGUGCCUCAGGGCUAUGCUGACAGUUUUCAAGCGCACUCGCUCGAAAACUCCAUUCUUCUCAAAAAGCCGAAACAGCUUCAAACCCCGUAGUGUGCGCAACCGUCGAAGCCUGCGCGAUGAACAUGUCUACCAAUACAUUCUCUUCUGCAUCGCCAACAAGAUAUGGCCUCCUCCGAUGCCCAUGGUGCCCAUUAGGUUUCCAUCUCCCCUUCGGGCCCCUCACGAGAACGUCAUACCGUGGCUGGCGAAAAUAGAUCCGUCUCCACCAACCACGGUUCCCGCACUGGAGAGGCCCACUAUUACUCGUCCUGACGACAAGGAUCAUGUUCUACCACCACCAC